UGUCCGCCAUGUUUUUUGGCGCCUGUGACAGCGGACCGGCCAAGAGAACCAGGUUUGUUGUCGCCAUAAGGCGAUAGAAAUGAUUUCCAUGGCCGGGUUUCGAGCGCGGAGAAGUGGCUGAGUGGAACUGUUGGGAGAACAGUGGUGUCGGUGGUGUGUUUGAAGAGAAGAGCGGCUGUAAUUCGGGCCGGUUCCGUGUUUGCUUUGCUCGCUGUGUUUUUCCCUACAGGAGAAUCAUGAGUAAACUCUCGUUCCGAGCGCGGGCGCUAGACGCCGCCAAACCUCUACCGGUUUACCGCAAUGGAGACAUUCCCGACGUUACCGACUGCGUCUCCAUCAGCCGUGGUGUGCCGCAGAUGCCCACUGGCAUGGAGAAAGAGGAGGAAACGGAACACCAUCUCCAGAGAGCCAUCUGUGCCCAGCAGGUGUUUAGGGAGAAGAAAGACUGCAUGGUCAUCCCAGUGCCCGAGGUUGAAGGCAAAAUCACUUACUAUGACCGCCUGUACAAAGAAGACUUUCGCCAGCCCAAACUGCUCAUCCAUAUUCAGCCACUCGGAUUUGACAGCGAGCAGCCCGACUACGACAUGGAUUCAGAAGAUGAAACGUUGCUUAACCGACUCAACCGGAAGAUGGAGCUUAAACCUCUCCAGUUUGAAAUUAUGGUAGACCGACUGGAGAAAGCCAGUGCCAACCAGCUGGUCACACUGCAGGAAGCCAAGGCGCUGCUGAAUGAGGACGACUACCUGUUAAAGUCAGUGUACGACUACUGGGUAAGGAAGAGGAAGAACUGCCGCGGCCCUUCGCUCAUUCCACAGAUCAAGCAGGAGAAGCGUGAUGGCUCCACCAACAACGAUGCCUACGUUGCUUUCCGGCGGCGCACAGAGAAGAUGCAGACGAGAAAGAAUCGCAAGAAUGACGAGGCGUCGUAUGAGAGAAUGCUGAAAUUAAGGCGAGAAUUCAGUCGUGCUGUCACCAUCCUAGAGAUGAUUAAGAAGAGAGAGAAGAGCAAGCGCGAGCUACUGCACCUUACACUGGAGGUGGUGGAGAAAAGGUACCAGAUGAGCGACUUCGGAGGAGACAUUCUGAGUGAGGUCUCGGCGUCUCUCUCAGAAAAGCAGGUCUACCAAACUCCUAUAUGUCUACCCAACGGAAACAGGCAUAAAACAGAACACAAAAUUAAGUCCCACAAGUCUGUGCCAAAGCACCACUCGCACCACUUUCCAGUCAAGACCGAAUCGCAGUUCAGCUUUCCCCGCAUACAGAAAAAAGACAACCGGAGGCUCAAGCUGGAACCACUGCAUCAACAUGUGGUCACCAAAGCUGACAUUAAGCAGUACGAUUUUCACAGCUCUGGGGAGGAGGAGAACCUACUGUCUCCGUCAUCCGAGCCGGAUGAGGAGAACGACCCAGACGGAGGCUUUGUUUUUAGACGGAAAGCUGGCUGUCAUUACCUUGCUCCUCUUACACAGCAGAGCUGUGCUCCCGUGCCAGGUCAAGCAGGCCUUGAUGCACUGUGUAGGCGGAACUCCCUCACAGCUUUGUCUGUGCCACGCCGCUGCAUAGGGGUGAUACGCAGACGACUGGGCCGUGGUGGCAGGGUACUGCUGGACCGGACCUCAACCGACCUGGACAGAGUCCUCAGCCACAUAGACCCCGACACGUCCUGCCCUCCUUUUGAACCCCCGGUGCUCAUGGACACCCAGACAAACACGCACAGUCCUGCAUCAUCCAGGGAAAAACCUCAACGCUCACUGACUGAGCUGCUCAGCGACAUCCAAGCCUGCAGAUGGAGAUACUACCGUCCACGACUGCUCCAAAGCGAAAGGAGAGAAAGUCGGACGGAUCUGAAUAACAGGAGAGAAGGAGCGAUGACCAACGGUUUAAAGAAAAGUGGUUCGGGGAUAACAGAGGAGCAGUUUCAAUCCCACCAGCAGCAGUUGGCUCAGAUGCGACAGCAGCAAUUGGCCCAGCUUCAGCAGAAACAAGGCCUGCAGCAGAACUCACUGUCUGAACAGUUACACUCACAAAAAGUGCCCCCGUCUGAUUGCCUGUCCAAGACGUUAGAUUCAGCCAGCGCCCAGUUUGCAGCCUCUGCCGUGGUCAGUGGGCAAAACAAGGAGCUUAAACUUCACAGCACCGGACUCAACGGCAUGCUCCUAAAUUCAGGUUCCAGACAGAAUAAGUUCAGCACUGCCCGCCCCCCUGCCGUACCUCAGUCUGUGCCCCACGUCAGUGCCGUCUCGCCCGCUCGACCUUGUGCCCCCUCGUCGUCUGCGUUAAAACUUGCCAGUGUAGCCAGCAGCAGCCUUGAGCGAGUGCCCAAAGUGACCAUUGCCAGAGAUAAACAUGAACCAGAGAGGCUGGCACUGAACGGAAUAGCAGAGACCACUGUGGCCAUGGAGGUGACAUAGCACCCACUCCGGGGGACACAGAUGAGCCGUACGGACCCACAUGGACCUAUAAUCGCAUAGCAGCAUAUUAAACUAUUGUCAUUUGUGAAUAUUCUAUGUGUACAUUUUGUAGAAUUGGGAAUUAUCACUACCUUGUAAAAUAGUCUAUUUGUACCGUUAGCGUCAUUUGUUACUUGAAUUCCAGAUCUUUUGUCAUCAUGCUUGUGCACUUAAAAAUCCAUCCAGUGGCGCAGAACGGAAAGUAACCGAGUGCAACAGUAAAUGCAGGGAUCAUGCAUGAGUCCAGGUCUCACAUUCUUCUUUUAACUAUUUAUUUUGCCAUGUUUACAUUUUUGUAUCUCGUACGAAUAAAUCAGAUUUUGUGACAAAA